UAAUAUAACCCGCGAUGCUACUGCACGACAGCUCAACGAGUUUAAAAUGCGACAUCCGAAUCCUAUUGGACUCCUGACGACGACUGCGGGAGGUCCGGUGGAGAUAAGAGACGUUAACUUACUCAACACAAAUCUCUUCUCGAGCACUUAUUUCUUUGAUUUAUUCAGUCACCUUACUGCAGAAAGAAUUCCUCAACGAGUUGUUCACGGAAAGGGCAUCGCGGCUCGAGGUUAUUUUGAAGUAACGAACGAUGUUUCAAAGUACACAAAAGCGGAUGUAUUUAACGGAAUAGGAAAAAAGACCCCCCUUCUAAGCCGGUUUUCGCCCGCUAUACAAGAAAGAGGAGGAACUGACGUAGGCCGAGAGUUCAGAGGAUUUGCAAUUAAGUUCUUCACCAAUGAAGGAAAUCUUGAUAUCUUAAAUUUGCACGUCCCGGUCUUCACUGUAAGACAACCUGUCCAUUUUGCGAUGUUAGUGCAUACAUUAAAUAUCAGGAACCCUAAAACUAAUCUUUUUAACUUUGAGCAGCAAUGGGACUUCAUAAUUUCAAGACCAACGGUUUAUCAUGUAUUCCUAUAUCUUUUAUCAGAUUUCGGAAUACCUGAUGGUUAUAGAAAGACGGAUUACUUUGCGGACCACACAUUCGAAUUAAAUAACAAAGACGGUGAUAGGUAUUUUGCUAAAUUUAAUUUCAGAACGGAACAAGGAGGCGCUUUUCUGACUUCAGCUGAAGCUGCAGACAUACAGGCUACAGAUCUCGAUUAUUUUGCCAGAGAUUUGUAUAACGCUAUCGCCGAAAACAAUUAUCCAUCUUGGCGGCUCGAAAUGGACGUUAUGUCAUUACAUGAUAUCAAACACGUUAAUUUUGACCCUUUCGAUGUAACACGCUUGUGGGAAAACGGAACAUAUCACACUGUAAACGUAGGUCGUGUAGUACUUAAUGAAAUGCCAGAAAAUCAGUUUAGAGAUAGUGAACAAGCUAUAUACAACUUGAAUAACUUAGUUCCGGGCAUUCCAGGACCAGUUGAUGUGGUUUACCAAUCCAGACAAAUUUCGUAUAGUGAUGCUCAUAACUAUCGCGUUGGUCACAAUAACGAAAAUAUUGAAGUCAAUCGUCCUAAAUAUUCAAAGACAUACGAUCGAGACGGUGUUCCUCCGGUAAGAAAUAAUAUGAAAGAUGCUCCCACUUAUUAUCCCAACUCCUUCAAUGGACCAAUACCUUACGUAGAUGAAUCUAAGCCUUUAGAAAGAAUAGUUCUUCUUCAGAGCAAUGCUGUGGAUUUACAGCAUCCGGCAGAUUUUUAUAACAUAGUUCUUGGGACUGAUGCGGCAAAACAAAGACUAGCUGACAAUAUAGUAACUACACUCCAACAAGUAAAAUCACCAGUGAUUUUAAAAAGAGUUCUUAGACUUUUGUAUUUAACCGAUGCAGAUCUAGGCGAACGAGUGGAAACAAGUUAUAAUUUGGCAAGUAGUUGCCGUGUGUAGAAAAGUGUUAAUUUAGUAAUUUAUAUUAUUAUUCACUGUAAUGCACU